AUUGGACUUACCACACUCGCAUCCCUCUCUCUGCAUUUCUCUCUCUCUCCAAACUGUCUAAGUGUCUCUCUGCCUUCAGCACUCCAUAAAGACUACAAGGGCUCAUCUCAAACUUUACCAAAGACAGAAAGUUUGAAUACUUUUACCUUCCUUUUCUCUCUCUCUCUGUCUGAGUGCCUCAGUCAUCACUCUGCUCUCCCAUUCAUCCUCUCUCGUCCUGACAACUUUCCUCCUCACUCUGACUGAAGAGUGCGAAGAAGAAACCGGAGCACGUGACAAUUUCCGGAGUUCAAUUUAUUUAUUUAUUUUCUAUUUAUUUAUUUAUCUGUUUGCUGGUUUACCCAUCCCUUGGAUCCGAACCAAAUAUGAAAUUGCUGCUGGACUCCUCCUCGUCGCUCCUCUUCUCGCUGCUAUUGGCCCAGCUGCCCGUGUUCACGUCUGCCUCUCCAGUACCACAGCGGCGGCCCACUGACAUGGACAAACUGUCCAAUCAGACCAAAAAUCUAAUGAAGCUCACCCAAGAACUGCUGAGGGAGCAUGCAUUUGACUCAGACGUGGAGCCUCACAGGUUCAGGUCUCUGCCAGAAAUGAGCAACAGAUCAGCCAAUGACCUCAACAAUCUUGAGCUGAAGCCCACACUCUCUCAGCUGCAUGCUGACCUGAAGCUGUAUGAGCACCACUUUGAGUGGCUGAACAAGGUCUCAAAGAAGCACCACCACCCUGCGCUUCCCAAGCUGGUAGAGAUGAUCAGAGAAAUGAAAUCUCUCAUCAAUCUGCUACACCGUCAGAUGUUGAGAGUUGAAGCACCAAGGCUGACUCAGGCAACCCCCUCCCUCCCCCCUCACCUCCCCUAUCAGUUUGAUGUCUUGCAGUCCAGCCAUGAGCUUCUUCAACACUUCAAACUCUUCUGUGAUUGGGCAUACAGAGCAUUCAUCAGCCUCAAGCCCAAAGUCUCUGCAGUACAAUGACGAUCAAAACCCAUUCAUUCAUUUCCUCUCAACUACAUGGCUGCAGAGCCAGUGAGGACACAUGGAAUCCGCCUCAGCCAAAGGGGAAUUAGGACCAUGUCAGUGUGCACUGUAGUCAACAGCAUCCCUUAAAAGGCCCAAACGUCAACUAAUGACAUGUGUGUUGAAGAAUGUGUUUCCAUCAGAGCCAAUAAAGAUGAGCUAUACUGCAGCCAGUUACAACCAUUAAAGGCCCGGACAAACAGAGCCGAUAAUCGGCGGUUGGACAGUCUGGCGAGGUCAGUGACUCAAGUCUGUUCGGUGUGUUCCGUGCCGUCGUCCGUCCGA